AUGCGCAAUCCGACUGUCAUCCUCGUGCUCCCCUGCAGUGUUGGGGAAACCGAGAAGCGCCAGGCUUUCCAUGCGCAAACCUGCGACGCUGGAGAGUUCCAAUGUGGCAAUGGAGAGUGCGUGCCCGAGGCGAAGAAGUGUGACCGGAAAUAUGAUUGCCGUGACGGAACGGACGAGACGAGCUGCGAUUAUUUCGUGGCCGCUCAAAAAGCCCACCACGACUCCCAUACGGCGCAACAGCCGACGCUCCCAGCUCCCGCCCACCAGGAUUACGAGGACGGCGAGUGCAGCGACCAGGAAUUCAGAUGCCCGUACCUCGUCGAGCUGAAGUGCUUCCACUACGAGAAGCUGUGCGACGGUGUUGAUGACUGUGGAGAUGGAUCCGAUGAGAUCAAUUGCGAGUCCGGAAGUGCUGACGAGCGUGUCGCCCAACCGAACCCACCGGAUCAUCGCGGAAACUGCGGAUCUGGCCAGUUCCAGUGCCGCAGCGGGGAUUGCAUCGAGGAGUCCCUAAAGUGCAACCGGAAAUACGAUUGUACGGAUGGUUCGGAUGAGACCGAGUGCGACUACUACAAAGCCGCCAUGAACCGCCACCACCCCAACUCCGUUCAACAUGAAGCCAGACCAGCCCAGCCAGCCAAUGAGGAAGCUCGCCGAAGGACUGAUGAUCUUCAGCGCCGCGAGCAAGAGCUUCGCCGUCGUGAGGAGGAGGAACGACGCCGUGAGGGAGAGGAACGUCGUCGUGAGCAGACCGAAUCGCAACGUGAGCAAGAGAACUCGAGGCGUGAGGAGCAGCGUAGGAUUGAAGAAGAUCUUCGUCGCCGCCAACACGAAGACCGCCAGCGCCACGAGGCCGAGCAGCGAGCUGAUGCUCAACGCCGUGAGGACGAGAAGAGGAGGACCCAGGCAGAGGGACCAGCGAAAGAGGUGCGCUUCUCCGGGGAGCACGACAUCGACGGACCACCAGAGGACUAUGAAGAUGCCGGUUGCCUGGAGCACGAGUUUAUGUGCCAUACGGGGGAGUGUAUCGACAAGAGGAGACUCUGCGACACCCGCAUCGACUGUCUCGACGGUUCAGACGAGGAGAAUUGCCAGGAGACCCGACUUGACGAGCCGAUCCGCCAGCAUCCAGCUGCUCCAGCUCCACCGGCCCGCCCUGAGCACCAACAACCAGCGCCUACCGUACAACGAGGGAUAUUUCGUAAUGUGACUGGCUGUAAUGGUGUC